AUGGGAGGCCGCCUUGACCUUCUCUUAGGAGUGGUGCUCAUGGUCAGUCCUGUGUUUGGAAUUUCUUCCUGCUCCUUUGAUGGUCAGAUAGCCUUAUAUCGUUCCUGCAACCUCACCCAGGUCCCCCAGGUCCUCAACACCACCGAGAGAUUCCUGCUAAGCUUCAACUACAUCAGGAAAGUCACUUCCUCAUCAUUCCCCUACCUGGAGCAGCUGCAGCUGCUAGAGCUGGGGACCCAGUGGACCCCCUUGACUAUUGACAAGGAGGCCUUCAUAAAUCUGCCCAACCUUAAAAUCUUAGACCUGGGCAAAAGCCAGAUCGACUUCUUGCAUCUGGAUGCUUUUCAGGGAUUGUCCCAUCUAUUUGAACUUAGACUAUUUGCCUGUGGUCUCUCUGAUGCUGUAUUACGAGAUGGUUAUUUCAGAAAUUUAAACUCUUUAAUUCGCUUGGAUCUGUCAAAAAAUCAGAUUCACAGCCUUUACCUUCAUCCUUCAUUUGGGGAACUGAAUUCCUUAAAGUCCAUAGAUUUUUCCCUCAACCAGAUAUCCAUUGUCUGUGAGAACAACCUAAAGCUCCUCCAAGGGAAAACACUCUCCUUUUUAAGCCUCGCAGCUAAUAGCCUAUAUAGCAAAGUCUCCAUGGACUGGGGGAAAUGUAUGAACCCAUUCAGAAACAUGGUGCUGGAAACCUUAGAUGUUUCUGGCAAUGGCUGGACAGUGGACAUCACAGGAAACUUCAGCAAUGCCAUUAGUGGAAGCCAGACUUCCUCACUGAUUCUUUCCUACCACAUCAUGGGUUCUGGAUUUGGCUUCAAUAACCUCAAAGAUCCUGACCAGAACACAUUUGCUGGCCUGGCCCGAAACUCUGUGAUACGUCUGGAUCUUUCAUAUGGGUUUAUCUUCUCCCUGAACCGUCGACUCUUUGAGACACUCAAGGACUUGAAGGUUCUAAAUCUUGCCCACAACAAGAUAAACAAGAUUGCACGUGAAGCAUUUAAUGGACUUGACAACCUCCAAGUUCUCAAUAUGUCACAUAACCUUCUGGGGGAACUUUACAAUUCAAAUUUCUAUGGACUACCUAAGGUAGCCUAUGUUGAUCUGAAAAAUAAUCACAUUGGGGUAAUUCAAGACCAAACUUUCAGAGUCCUGGAAAACUUAAGUACCUUGGAUCUCCGGGACAACGCUCUUAAAACCAUUAAUUUUAUUCCAAGCAUAUCUGAUAUCUUCUUGAGCAGCAAUAAACUGGUGACUUUGCCAAACAUCAGCCUUACAGCCAGCUUCAUCCACUUAUCAGAAAACAGGUUAGAACAUUUGGAUGUUCUGUACUUUCUUCUCCAAGUGCCUCGCCUCCAGAUUCUCAUUUUAAAUCAAAAUCGCUUAUCCUUUUGUAGCCAAAGUCAGAGCACUUCAGAGAAUCCAAGUUUGGAACAACUUUUCCUUGGAGAAAAUAUGUUACAGCUUGCCUGGGAAACUGGACUGUGCUGGAAUGUUUUUAAGGGACUUUCCCAUCUCCAAGUUCUGUAUUUGAAUAAUAACUACCUUAAUUUCCUCCCACCAGGAAUAUUUAGCAGUCUGAUCGCAUUAAGGGGACUGAGCCUCAACUCCAACAGGCUGACCGUUCUUUCCUUUGGUGAUUUACCUGCUAAUUUAGAAAUCCUGGAUGUAUCCAGAAACCAGCUCCUAGUUCCCAGCCCUAAUUUAUUUUUAUCACUUAGUGCCUUGGAUAUAACGCAUAAUAAGUUCAUUUGUGAGUGUGAACUUAGCACUUUUAUCAGUUGGCUUAAUCAUACCAAUGUCACUAUAUUUGGGUCUCCUGCAGACAUCUACUGCAUGUACCCUAACUCGCUCUUUGGGGUUUCCCUUUACUCUGUGUCCACGGAAGAUUGUGAUGAAGAGGAAGUCUUAAAGUUCCUGACAUUUUCCCUUUUCAUCUUAUUCACUGUCAUUCUGACUCUGUUCCUCGUGGCCAUCCUUGUAGUCACGAAGUUCCGAGGCUUUUGUUUUGUCUGUUAUAAGACAGUCCAGAGACUGGUGUUCAAGGGCCAUCCGCAGGGAACAGCACCUGAUACAUACAAAUAUGAUGCUUAUUUGUGCUUCAGUAGCAAAGACUUUGAAUGGGUACAGAAUGCUUUGCUCAAACACCUGGACACUCAGUAUAGCACCCAAAACCAACUGAACCUGUGCUUUGAAGAAAGAGACUUUGUUCCAGGAGAAAACCACAUCGCCAACAUCCAGGAUGCCAUCUGCAGCAGCAGAAAGAUUGUUUGUCUUGUGAGCAGACACUUCCUUAGAGAUGGCUGGUGUCUGGAAGCCUUCAGUUAUGCCCACGGCAGGUGCUUGUCUGACCUUAACAGUGCCCUCAUCAUGGUGGUGGUUGGGUCCCUGUCCCAGUACCAGUUGAUGAAACAUCAACCCAUUAGGGGCUUCAUACAUAAAAAGCAGUACUUGAGGUGGCCUGAGGAUCUCCAGGAUGUUGGCUGGUUUCUUAAUAAACUGUCUCAACAGAUACUAAAGAAAGAAAAAGAAAAGAAGAAAGACAAUAAUAACAUUCAGUUGCAAAGUGUUGCAACUAUCUCCUAAGCAAAGAACAGUUUCCAACUAUCUCAAGCCACAAAUAACUCUUUAUUUUGUUUUUGCACCAAGUUACCAUCUGGGAGUCCUUUCUGGAGGUUUUUUUUUCUACUAUGAAAAUAACAUAAAUCUCUUGAUGUUCAUAUCAA